GUAUAUAAUUUACUAUAUAUAUAAAAUUUUUUGGGGUCAAAUAAAUAAAUAAAUAAGAAAAAUUAUUAUUAUUAUUAUUAUUAUUGUUUAUCAUUCCUGUGUAUGUAGUAUUAUGUGAUAUGGGAGUACAAUGGCAAUUGAUAAGUGGUGAUAGAUAGGAUAAGUGGUGAUAGUAUAUAGUAUAUAUCCACCACAUGGUGAUGUUCUCUCUCUAUAUAAUUUAUAUACAGGACUACUACGCCCCCUCACAUCAUUUAACUAGCACUUUGUACUAAAGUGGAAUUUUCAAUUGUGGGAGCAAGGGAAGACUUAAAAUUCCCCUAAAUUUUAAAAUUCAAAACUGUAAUAAAUAUAUAUGUAUUUUACCGUCUUCUUCUUCUCAAUUGUUAUCAAUUGAAUCAAUUACUUCAUCCUCACAAAUAUGUCUGCUAUCAUCGCCUCUGCUAUUCCAACUGGUAUAACUCAAGAUAGAGUUGAGAAAUUCUUUUCCUUUUGUGGAGAUAUCAAAUCUAUUAAAUUAAUUUCAUCGAGUCCAACUCAAAGUUAUGAAAUUGUUUUUUCAUCUUCUAAAGCUUUAGAAACUGCUUUAUUAUUAAAUGAAGCUGAAUUAGAUGGUACUCCCAUCAAAGUUGUUGAAGAUAGAACCACUGAAUCUGAAGAUAAACCUCCUCAAUAUAGUGAAUCCAGUACCGUUACUGCUAGUGGGGAUCAUAAAGUUCAAUCGGGAGUUCAUCAUGGUGAAGAUGAUAUUAAACAAGAGGAAAAACCAAAAUAUGUUAUUGUGACUCAAUUAUUGGCUAAUGGAUAUACUUUAAGUGAUCAUAUUAUUAAUAAACUGAUUGAAUAUGAUAAACAACAAGGAUAUUCAAAUCAUUUUAAAAGUUUUUUAAGUGGAUUAGAUGAAAAAUAUAUUCAUUCAAAAGAGCCUGAAUCUGAUUUUAAUAAGAAUUUAGGUAAAGCCCAAACUAAAUUGACUGAUAUUCAAUCUCAAGUUCAAACUCAAUUGCAAAAUUCAAAAUAUAGUUCUAAAUUAUCCAAAUAUUAUGAUCAAGCUGCCAAUCAUCCAUAUGGUGUUAAAGUUCAUCAAUUUUAUACUGAUUUUGCUAAGGAUGUGAAGUCAGUUCAUGAAGAAGCUAAAAGAUUGAGUGAUAUUCAAAAGGCUGAAAAGGCCACUCCAAGUAGUUCAACUCCUAGCACUACUACUUCUGAAAAGCCAAGUGCUUAGAUAAGAGGUGUGUGUGUGCGUGAAGAGUCCGUAACUAGAACUGUUGUGAGAUUGAAUUUUUUUAAGUAUGUAGUAUUUGUUGAAUAGUAACUAUAUAAAAAUAUACGUUUUAGUUUUAAGAUUAUAG